UUGGUGUACAUGUCUAAGGUGGAUGGGAAGUUCAACUUCAGUCCUAUUAGCGUCAACUUCUUGACAGAGAUCGCUAAAGUUAUUUUUGCGAUUGUCAUGCUUUUACUCCAGAGGAAGCUACCGUCGCCUAAAUUUAUGGUUGAAGUUGUUCUUGCUGAUAUAAAUGCAACAAUCCCUAGUUCUGAAACAGCAUCCACAACACCGGAAGAAACUCCAUCAGCUAAUUCUGCCCCCGUAGACGGCUCUGCAUAAAGCUCAACUUCAAAGCUUGUGCCUUCUCAACACAAGCAAAAGAGAAACUUGAAGCUUCGGGAUGUUUUAGAGUAAUGAGAACUAAGCUUGAAGUUUAAAGAACAUACAAAACUUAUUGGGUCUGUUUUUUUUGGUAUCGCAGGAUCAAAUCAAAAGCCUUGUUACUUUUUUUUUGUUGUUUUUAUGAAUGCUUGUUGGUGUUUGGGAUUUUUAUCUAGUUACUACUACUAUUGAUGUCUGGAUUUUAUAAAAAGUUUUGGAUUUUUAAGUUAAUUGUUUGAAGAAUUA